AUGGACAGUCAUCACUCUAUCCAGCCGACAGCACAUACUAUAUGGAAAGAUGGAGAAGAGUAUGGAAAGAAGGAGUUUGACCAAGUUAGUGGGUUCCAUUUUAGAACUGCUACUCAAGACAAUGAUGAACAUAUUGAUAUAGACAAAAAUUCACUUACUCCUGUGUCAUCCAAUGAACUUCAAAGUUGUGAUUCAUUUAUACCAACUCAUCAAUAUGACUUUCAGUUGUCCAGAACAUUAGACACUGAAGCAUUCAAUACAUGUCCAAGCGACUUGGACCAAAUUGAUGACAAAGACACUGUCAGCACAAUUCCUUAUCUUCUGCAAUCUCCAAGUAAAAAAGAGCCUGAAAACAUACAAGAGAGGGAUGAUCCAUCAAAUUCUAAGUCAUCAAAUACAUGCAAAUCCAAGUCACUUUUUCCUUCUGUUUCUGAAUUGAAUCUAUCAGAAUCCAACUCAUACAAUCACUUUCAUUCACCAAAUCAAUCAGAUACUAUGUCUUUUGAUCUUUCACAUAAUUCACAUUUGGAUGCAAACAACCAAUCAGUUUCAUAUUCACUCCAAACUUUGGAUUCAGAGUUGUGUAAUAUUGAGGUUCCCAAGUCACUUGAUCUAAUGGAUUCUGAGGAAUCAGAUUCAACUGUUUCAGAGUCUGUGGAUCAAUCCAAAUUCAAAACACUAAAUCAGUCUCAUGCCAGGUCACCUUGCCUUUCUUAUUUUGAGUUACCUCAUUCACUUGAUUCCAAGUCAAUUAAUCUCUCCAAUUCAGAAUUCUUUCAAUCACUAGAUUUGUUGGUAUCUGAACCAUUUGAAUCAGAUUCACCUGAUAUAUUUGAUUCUAGUUUACCAAAUCCACCUGGUUCUGAUUCACUAUAUUCAUCUGAUACUAAUUCACAUGAUUCAUCGGAAUCUAAUCCUACUGUUUCAUCCGAUCCUAAUUCAUUUGAUCUAUCUUAUCCAUAUUUAACAGAUUCAUUUAAUUCUCACUCAAAUAUUUUGUCCAAUUCAAAUGAUUUUUCAAAUUCUGGCGAAAGUUCUCAUCCAAAUUCAUUUCAAUCCAACUCAUCUCAAUCAAAUUCACCUGAUUCUAAUUCACUAAAUCCUUGUGACUCGGAUUCAAAUGUUCCAUGGAAGUCUGACUCUACUAUUUUACCUGCUUCUGAUUUACCAUAUUCAUCUUAUCCCAAUUCCCCUGAUUUGUUGAAUUCAGACUCAUUAGAUUUGGACUCAAGAAGCUUGCCAUGUCUAUCUCAUUCAAAUUCACCAGUUUCACCCGAGCCAGCAGAUCCACCAGAUGCAUUACAUUCUCAUUCUUUACAUUUAUCAGAAUUAGAUUCAAAUUCAUCUGAAUCAGAUUUAUCAUAUCCAUCUGAUUCUGAUUCUUUAGAUCCAUCGCUUUCUAACUCAAAUGAUUCGUCUGAUUCUGUGAACAGUUUUGAUUCAAGUUCACCUGAAUCAGAUGCACAAGAUGUGCAUGAAGCAUCUGGUUCUGAUUCAUCAGAUUUUUCCGAUUCAGAUUCGUUGGAAUCUGAUACAACCAAUUUAUUAGAUCAAUUAGAUUCUGAUUCAUCAGUGUUGCAUUCAACAGAUUGGCCAUGCUCAUGUGAUACUGAUUUAGAUCCACCAGAAUUGGAUUCAAAUUCAUUUGAAUCAGAUUCAGCAUAUUCACCUGAUCAAUCUCAUUCUGAUUCACCAAAUCCAUCACAUUUUGAUUUAUCAGCUCUAUCUUAUGAUUCAUAUUUAAAAGUAACUUUCCUAAUCCACAAGAUUCUCAUCCGAUGGACUCCAAUUCAAGUGAUUUCAAUACAGCUCUUUAUUCUCAUCCAUCUACAUUACAUGUUAAUCCAUCCACAUGAUUUGGGAUUACUUCAUCUACCAGAUUCUGAUUUCGCAACUUUAUAUUCCAAAAUUGAUCACAAUGACAAUGAUGAACAUUCACAGUAUUUGCAGGUAAAAAGUGGAAAUGAUGCAGAACCAAAUGCAAAGGUAAAUGAUUGCAUUGAGCUUGAGGGAGACAAUGUUGAUCAAGGUAUUGAAAUCAAUUCACUUCUGUCUAUUCAAGAAAUUGCAGAGCAAGAUGAUUUUGAUAGAGGUGUUGGGAUAAACCCACUACUUCCUAUCGAAGAAAGUGAGGAAGAGCAUGAUUUUGAACAAGGUGUUGCCAUAAACCCACUCCUCCCAAUCCAGGAAAGUGAAGAACAGCAAGAUUUUGAAUAUGAUGUUGCCAUAAACUCACUUCUCCCAAUCCAGAAAAGCAAGGAACAACAUGAUUUUGAGCAAGGUGUUACCAUAAACCAUUUCCUCCCAAUCCAAGAAAGCGAGAAACAGCAUGAUUUUGAACAAGAUGUUGCCAUAAACCCACUUCUCCCAAUCCAGGAAAGAAAGUGA